AUGUCCUUCCAUCCCGUCUCGGCGUCAGACCGCUACAAUGGCUCUGACAUUGCCCACCGUGAAAAGAUCCUGGUCACCGGCGGACGAAAGUCUGGAAAGUCAUCUUGCAUCAAGUCUGUUUUCCAAAACCUCCCUGUCAAGGAUGUCACAUACAUUGGCAUCACCAAAAAGGUGGAAAAGAUAGACUACGACACCAUCGUGCCGUUGCAGAUCUAUGACACCCCGGCCAGUCUGGACCUCGACCAGCUUGACGUUCCCCUUUCUGCCUUUUCCACCUUGGUGUACGUUGUAGACAUGCAACAAGAAGACACGUACCACGAAGCAGUUCGCCAGGCGGCUCACAUCAUCUUGCGAGGAUACUUUGCCAACCCUGCCAUGAACUUCUUUGUGUUUAUCCACAAGGCCGAGUCCCUUUCCGAGGACUACAGAGAUGAGAACUACAGUGAAAUCCAACGUGCGUUAACCGACGAGUUGGACGACUUUCACUACAUGAGCUUGCAAGAUUACACAACACUCGACUUGUGCGACCGCGAAACGACCAUUAGCAUCUUCAACCACCUCACAUCGGAGAUCAAGUAUGACAUGACAAGCGUACACGACGUCUCUUUGCGGGACGCAUGGGGCAAGGUUGUCCAAGGAAUCAUGGAGAUGCUUCCCGCCGUCGAGGCUCUCCUGUUAAACUUUACAGAGACCUCGGGCAUGGACAACUCGUAUCUGUUUGACCUUCGAUCCCGGGUCGUGCUUGCCACGGACAACCGUCACCGCAACGAAGCAACAAUGGAACAGGUUGUUGAUUACCUGUCCACUUUCCUGCAGUUUCGCGAAUUCUACAAGGUGUUGCGGUCGCCCCCCGCGUUGCAGUCCCCCGACACGGAAGUAGUCGGCAAGGAUGAGGACGCUUCAGUCGACAAGGAUGAGGACGCUUCCGAGCCCCGGCAAUGGUGGGAGGGCGAGGACACCGACGAGGCUUGGAUGACCCAUUCGAUACAGUUGAUGCCCAAGUGCACGAUUACGUUGUGGCAAUUCACUCCUCAGCUGGCACUCGUGGCUCUCCUCCACACGGACACUUGGAACGCACGGAGGGGCAUGAUCGAGUACAACCUCACGUUCCUUCGGCAAGGAGUGAGGCGCAUCUUGAUAGAGGCAGAGUUGUAG